AUGGCUACAGAUUAUUCAAAUAUGUCAUAUUCUCAACUUCAAGGUUUAGCAAAGUCAAAUGGUAUAAAAGCAAAUGGUAAAAAAGAUGAACUCAUUGAAAGAUUAGAGAAAUAUGAUUCAGAAAGUAAAACAACAACAACUACUACCACCACCACCACUACAAGUUCAACAACAUCAAAGAGAAAGAAAAGAGAUGAAUCAGAGCCAGAAGAAGAUAGUGAAGAUGAAGAGAUUGAAAAGCCAGUAGCACCAGUUAAAAGAGCACCAUCCAAGAAAUCAGCAGCAAUUAAUAAUAAAAAGCGUAGAGCUGAAGAAGAAGAAGAAAAAGAAGAAGAAGGAGAAGAAAAAGAAGAUGAUGAUAAUGAUGAUCAUAUUAUUUUACCACAAGCCACAGUCACUACUACUACUACAAGUUCAACAUCAAAUGGAGCACAAAUUAAAAAAGUUGGACCAUUUGAUAAAUGUGAAGAUGAUAUUGGUAAAUGGAUUAGAGAUGAAUCUGUUUCUUAUUACCUUGGCGAAGUUUUAUCAAGAUCAAAGAUUGCAUCAUUUGAUAUGGAUAGUACAAUGAUUAAGAAUAAAUCUGGUAAAGUUCAUGCAAUAAAUAAGGACGAUUGGUUAUGGUGGGAUGAAUGUGUUCCAAAGAAUCUUAAACAACUUUACAAUGAUGGUUAUCAAGUUGUUAUCUUUACAAAUCAAGGUGGUAUUGGUCAUGGCUCUAAAUUUUGUAGAACAAAAUUCAAUGAUAUCACAAAGAAGAUUGAAAUCCUCGAGAAAGAAUUAGGUUUCCCAUUGAUUGCAUUCAUUGCUUGUGCCGAUGAUGCCAAUAGAAAACCAAAUAGAAAGAUGUGGGACAUGAUGUACGAGUGUACCGAUGGCAAAGUUGUAAUCAACGAAAGUGAAUCAUUCUAUUGUGGUGAUGCUGCAGGUCGUCCAGAUGGUUGGAAAGCUGGUGUUAAAAAAGAUUUCAGUAAUAGUGAUUUAGGUUUCGCCAUGACAGUUGGUAUUCGUUUUGAAACUCCUGAAACUCAUUUCCUUGGUGAAAGUCAUUUUGUUUUAGCAGGUGGUGAUGAUAUUGUCAACUCAUUAAUUCCAAGUGCUCCAACAAGUGGUAAAAGUUUUGAAAGCGAUUCAAUCGUCACAAAAGAUUUUGAAAUGGUUAUUUCCGUUGGUUAUCCAGCCGCUGGUAAAUCAACUUUUGCUAGAAAAUAUUUUGGUCCAGCUGGUUAUGCAAUCAUUAAUCAAGACACUUUGAAAGAUAAAGCCCAAUGUUUAAAAGCUGCCAACGCUGCCCUCGCUCAAGGUAAAUCUGUUAUCAUUGAUAAUACGAAUCCCACUAAAGAUGUUCGUGCUGAAUACCUUGCUUUAGCUAAAAAAUACAAUGCCAAAGCUCGUUGUUUAAACUUUACAACCUCAUUCGAUUUAGCUAUGCAUCUCAACUAUUACCGUGAAAGAAAAGAUGGUGUCAAACAUAUCCCAAGUAUAGGUUACUUUACAUUUAGAAAGAAAUAUCAAGAACCAAAUACAAGUGAAGGUUUUGUUUCUGUUCAUCAAAUUAAUUUUAUACUUGACUUAGAUGAUAAAAAUAAAUCAAUGUACUUUAUUCCAAAUCCAAAAGCUAAAGCUAAAAAAUAA